AUGGAUCGGAUCGACGAGUGCCUCGAAGGGCAAACCAUUGGGAAAAACUGUAACAAAGGGCAACGAAAUUCUUCGCAAAGUGUUGUUGGUAAGGCUGAACCGAAGGAGACAUCCUUGGUCGAGAAUGAGCCGAGGAGAGAACGACCAGAUAGGAAUACUGAGCAGGCUGCCAUCCUCGGGGGAGAUGAUGGAUGGCCAUUGUGCUAGGCCAGUUACUCUGCCCACUUCUUUCAAUCGGCUUCUAUUCGAUUAUCAUUUCAUUAUCGAUCGAUGAGUUUCAAGCUCUGCCUCCACCAUUAGUUCUACAAAUUCUACAAAUAUCUUAAAAUUCAUUUUACAGCCAUACACACACACGAAAAUUAAAAUGAUCAUUAACUUAAACAAUUAUAAUUAUUUUUUAUUGAAAUUAUAUUUGAAUAUAGCGUAAGCGCGCGCACCAGUGAUGAGCAUAGC